GUACGAGCGUGUGAAGAAGUGAAGCCCGCAGCCGGAUGAUGAUGUUGGUUGAUGCUUGUGUGCAGGUUCCCAAGCACCAUUCCUACCGGUACGUUGUACCGGUCGCAUCUAUUCUCUCUCUGUGUGUGUGUCUCAUCUUUCAAUCACAAACCACAAGACCUACCUUGGACCUUACCUUCCGGUUUUGCUGUUUCCUUUCUUGUGUUGGCUGGUGUAACAUACCAUUCCAUCCAUCCUCAUUCCAUUCCUUCCGUGGCGUUGAAUCGUAUCGUUGAAAGCAAGAACCAAGAUGAAGUUGUUGGGUCGUAAUAAGAGUUCCUUCCAGAACCAGUGGACUACUGGCAGUGUGAGUAGCAGGAGUAGUAGUGUGCCCUCUUGUGUGGUGGUACCACCUGAUGACCAAGAUGACACUGAAGUGGAUCCUUGGUGUCCCGACAAUUUUGGUGCCAUGUCCAAACUGUGGCAAUUGAGCGACGAGGAGGAAAUUCAAAUGCGCGAACUCCAAGAUCAAUUGUCCGACGUAGAUCAUUGGAAGAAUGAUCCGUUUGAAGUCGUACGAUUCUACAAGCACUACCAAGGCAAUCUCCGGAAGGCAGAAGACAAGUUCCGCAAAAUGGUCUUUUGGCGGUGGCAACAUCACAUUGAUUCCCUUAUUACUUCUGGGGCCAAGCCCCUCGGGGACUGUUUCCCGGCAUCCGUACUGCGUGGCUACGACAAGGACGGAGAUCCCAUUUACUUCCAACGCACCGCGGACGGCGCUUUCCAAGACACGCAAGGCAUGAUGGACUACAUUACGCACCAACGAGAGCGAGAUUUGACACGACGACCAAGAGGUGGUUGGCAACGAGACGUGUACGAACGCGAAAUGGGACGACGUGUGGCACGCAUGACCGUCGUGAUCGAUUUGCAAGGUUUCCAACGGGAUCAUUGGCCCCUCCUCCAAGCACAUCUCACGCAAGAGUACUACGUUGGAGUCGCCAAGCGGAUUCUCCUGGUACGAGCACCACCGCUAUUCAAGGCCAUGUGGCGUCUGAAGCGACAUUUCUUGGAUCCGGCCAUGGUCAAAUUGGUCACGUCCACCGGCCAACACGUGCUCGAACAGUAUAUCGAUCCACAAGUACUCCCUCCUUCUUUGGGAGGCAGUGGCGGGGUCAUGCCCGAAUAUGAGCGUGUUGUCCAACAACAACGGGGAGCCCCCUUUUCCAAACACUUGCACAAAUUGUCCUCGUCGGAAACCGAUGCGACGUCCCUCGCCGAUUACAGUAGUACCCUGUCCCUGCUGGAUACUCAACCCCAACACCAAGACGGAGUGGGUGGUCUCAUUAUUGGAGGAGGAUCCUUUAGUUCCGAAACAAACAAGGUCACGCUCAUCCAGUCGACUGCAGGUACAACAGCUUGCUAAAGGAAAGAAACGCAAACAUACAUUCAUUGGCCCAUCAUGCUAGCUACCGGUCCAGGGCCAGCAAAAAGCUGUGCUACUAUUACGUUGUUGUAAUGACUAUUGUAACUUUCGCCCUUGCAUUCCUCC